UGACGCAUAUAUUAUGCGACGAAAUUUUGAAGCACCGGCUUCGUCACUGCUGGACACAACAUUAUUUGAAAUAAUGCUAAUAAUUUUAACAAGCAACCAAUUUUUAUGUUUUUGUGGAUGUUCCGCUUGAUUAGAGAGGAUGUGAUAAAGUCCCAUAAACGCCUAAAAAUAGCAAACGACGUUUAUUUUCCCCUGUGGAUGAACUGCAGUCGAGUUUUUCUUUUUUCAUGAAUUACUUUUAUAUUAAAAAGAAAAUUGACUGACAGCAUCCCUCCUGAACUCCCUCGCUAAGAGCCAGUCUGGUCCUUAAAACCAGAUGAAUAAGUGCUUCUUGGGAAGCAGCUCCCGCAGUGAAUCUCUCCUGUCACACUUGUGGACCGUGCUGGGCUCCGGUAGCCCAUCCAUGCCUGUGAUCCCCAUCCCACGGCGGGUGCGCAGCUUCCAUGGCCCCCACACCACCUGCAUGCACUCGGCCUGCGGGUCGUCGCACACGUCCAAGCUGGUGCGCACCAAGUACAACAACUUCGACCUGUACCUGCGCUCCCGCUGCAUGUACAGCUUCCUCCGCUUCCUGCUCUACUUCGGCUGCAGCCUGCUGACCUCUCUGCUCUGGGUGCUGCUCUCGGUCGUCUUUUUCCUGCAGUACGUCAGCGUGCGCGUGCUCCUGCGGCUGCAGUACAAACUGUCAGUUAUACUGCUUCUGCUGGGCCACCGGCGCCUGGACUUUGGCGUGCUCAACGAUCUGAUCAUCUACAGCAUGCACAUCACCAUGUUUCUGGUGGGGGGGCUCGGUUGGUGUUUCAUGGUGUUUGUGGACAUGUAGCCUGAUCCUUGUGAAGAACUUUUCAUUCGAGGGGACAGUGUGACUUGAGCAUUGUGUGGCGCUUCAGAACCUCACCUAAACACCUGUAGCGUAAACUGUAAAAUUAUUUUUGUUGUUCAGCUUUUCUUUUUCAAAAGCACCUUUCUGACAUUUAGCUUCUAAAAUCCUAUAUAAUCCAGCUAGAAUUGACCACAUCAAAGCAGCCCAGAAGCCAUGUGUGGCACGAAGAUUUUAGUUUACACUUUUUUAAAAACAGUCGGAUCAGUCUCAAGUAAUGAGCCCACACUGAUGAGGCAGUGUGGAGUUAAAACGGGACCAAGAGCAUCACAGUCUGUGUAUUUUGAUGUAUUUCAAGCCAGUUUAAAUCAUUUCCAUGAACUUGACAUGUCACUGUGAUGGAAAAUAUAAAUGUCGUUGCAUGAUCUAUGAACAUAUGACGGAUGUGCUUUGUCACUAUGUGAUGCAAGCCAGCAGCACUUGAGCAGUGUUUCUAAAAGCUCACUACAUCUAAGGUUAUGUAUCUCAUGUUGUGUAAAAACAUGUAAAUAUGUGUUUACGUUAGAAMCAAGUAAACAUGCAGUGAAAGUA